AUGGAAUCCGAUUCCGACGUCGGAACCAUCGGGCCUUCGAGCGUGGUCGUCACGCUCUCCCUCGUUGCCCUUUGGUUCGCGUGGCUCUACUACAAGAGGUCAGACUCCAACGCGCGGCUGCCGCCAGGUCCACGCGGGCUCCCAUUGGUCGGGAACCUUCUGUCUUUGGACCCGGAGCUCCACUCCUACUUCGCGGGCCUGGCCCACACCUACGGCCCAAUCUACAAGCUCCGCCUCGGCACCAAGCUCGCUGUCGUCAUCACCUCCCCCUCCCUCGCCCGCCAGGUCCUCAAGGACCAUGACGUCAUCUUCGCCAACCACGACGUCCCCGCCGCCGGCCUGGCCGCCACGUACGGCGGUUCCGACAUCGCCUGGACCCCGUACGGCCCUGAGUGGCGGAUGCUGCGGAAGGUCUGCGUGCUCCAGAUGCUCAGCAAGACCACGCUCGACUCCGUCCACGAUCUCCGCCGCAAGCAGGUCCUGCGAACGGUCGGGUUCUUCUACGGUCGGGUCGGGUCGCCGGUGAACGUGGGGGAGCGGACGUUUCUGAACACGCUGAACGUGGUUACCAACAUGCUGUGGGGCGGAACUGUGAGGGAGGAGGCCGCCGGGCUCGGGAGGGAGUUCCGGGAAGUGAUAUCAAAGAUAACGGAGCUGCUGGCGAAGCCGAAUGUCUCGGACUUUUAUCCGGGUUUGGCCCGGUUUGACUUGCAAGGCGUGGUGAAGCAGAUGGAGGUAAUUGUGAAGAGGUUUGACGCGAUAUUUGAAAAGGUGAUAGAUCAACGGCUAAAGAUGGAGAAGGAGGAGGGGAGUAAAGAUUUUGUGAGUUUUUUACUGCGCCUAAAAGACAAGGGAGAUUCCAAGACCGUGCUUACUAUGACCCACAUCAAAGCAUUGUUUAUGGAUAUGAUUACGGGUGGCACGGACACAUCCUCCAAUACAAUUGAAUUUGCAAUGUCGGAAGUUUUGAACAAACCAGAAGUGUUGGAGAAAAUCCAUCAAGAAUUAGAAGCUGUAGUAGGCAAAGACAGCAUUGUAGAAGAGUCUCACAUUCACAAGCUACCGUACUUAUAUGCAGUGAUGAAAGAAACACUGCGCUUGCACCCAGUCCUGCCUCUAUUAAUCCCACAUUGCUCAAGUGAGACAUGCACUGUGGGAGGUUAUACCAUUCCAAAGGGGUCUAGGGUUUUUGUUAAUGUUUGGGCUAUACAUAGAGACCCUUCUAGUUGGGAGAACCCAUUGGAGUUUGAUCCAACUAGAUUCUUGGAGAGUAAAUGGGAUUACAGUGGGAGUGACUUCAAGUAUUUUCCUUUCGGGUCUGGGAGAAGAAUAUGUGCAGGGAUAGCAAUGGCUGAGAGGAUGGUGAUGCAUUCACUUGCUACACUACUGCAUUCUUUUGAUUGGAAACUGCCACAGGGAGAGAAGUUGGAUAUUUCGGAGAAGUUUGGUAUGGUAUUGAAGAAGAAGAUACCUUUGGUUGCCAUCCCAACUCCAAGGUUAUCAGAUCCAGCACUUUAUGAGUAG